CUACAUCUGCUGUAACACAAAGCCAUGGCUGCUGGAUCCUCAUCAAAGACAACUGGAGACUCACCUCAUCUGUCAGAGAUCAGAGUUGUGCUCUUGGGAAAUGAAGUUGACAAGAGCAAAGUGGUCAAAUCCAUCCUGGGCUGCAGGGAUCUUACGGGAGAGAACGUGGGUCAGUGUAUGUUAUAUGAAGGUGACCAGGCUGGAAGGAAGAUCAGUGUUGUGGAAGCACCAGGAUGGAACUCAAUGCAGCAAACACCAGAAAGCAUUAAGAAAUCAAUCAGAAGAAGCGUGUCUCUGAAUCCUCCAGGACCUCACGCUCUGCUUCUGGUCAUUCCUGUGAAGAGAAAUGAAGUGCCUUCUACAGGUGAUAUUAAAGCAGAGAUGCACAUGGAGUUACUGUCGGAGCGCAUCUGGAAACACACCAUCGUCCUGUUCGCUUGUGAUGAAGGAGUGGGAGAGUUUAACUGUGAGAAAAAAGCAAAAAUUGUGAGCUAUAAGCUCAGAAAUGCAAGGUUUAACUCGGAACGGCAAGAAAACCUCAGAAUUCUCAGUUUAGAUCACGUCUGACUUUCUUCUCUGAAUUGCAAAAUAAAAAGUCUGAAUUCUAAUACGUAAAUAUAAAUCCAUAUUGUGAGAUAAAAAGUUGCAAUUACCUUUUUAAAAAUUUUCAAGCUUCUAUAGUUGGACAUCGAGACUCGGCGGCCCAAGUUUCUCAAUCGCUGUUAACAUGUUAAUGCACUGACGUUAAUCUAGUUCACAUCAGAAAGUUGAUGUAGAGAACGAGUCGUUUUUGCAGUGUAGGGUCAAAAUGACUUGCUGGAUUAUAACUCGUAUAAAGCCAC